GCGAUUUCUGUACCACACCUUAUAAUGGCCAACAAGCGCAAGCUCAACGAACAUGAUAUUCCAGAGGAGACAUCAUCCCAACCUGCACAGCGCAGAGGGAGCGACGCAUCAGAGAACGACGAGCCUACCACGCCCUCCAAACCUCUCAGCGCGCCCGCUGCGUCAUUCGCCGAAUUCGAACUCGAGCCACGACUCCUGAGAGGCAUCAGAGAUCAGAAGUGGAGCUCGCCGACUGCCGUACAAUCUAAAGCCAUCCCUCUCGCCCUGCAAGGUCGUGACAUCCUGGCUCGUAGUGGCACAGGAACAGGAAAGACUGCAGCCUACCUACUUCCAGUCCUUCACAAUGCUUUGAGGCGGAAGGGGAAAACUUCAUUGAUUCUGGUGCCCACUAAGGAACUGGCGCUACAGAUCACCAAAGUAGCCAAGGUAUUAUCGACACACUGCGGGCAAGAGAUCCGGAUACAGAACAUUGCUGGCAAGGAAUCAGAGGUCGUUACCAAAGCCAAGUUGGCAGACAACCCAGACAUCGUUAUUGCAACACCUGCACGAGCGAGUGCGAACAUCAACAAUGGUGCGCUGUCUGUGGCUGAUUUGGCGCACCUGGUAGUCGAUGAAGGAGACCUGGUCAUGGGUUACGGAUUCAAGGAGGACCUCGAUCAGAUUGCGCAAAAUAUUCCUAAAGGCGUUCAGAUUUUCCUCAUGUCAGCUACACUCAACACCGAGGUCGAGUCGCUAGGAAGCCUGCUGUGCACCGACCCUGUCGUGUUAAAGCUAGACGAUCUGGACAAGGAUGCGCAGAAGGUCAAGCAAUAUGUCAUCAAGUGCGCGGAGGAGGAGAAGUUUUUGUUGAUCUACGCCAUGUUCAAGCUAAGGCUGAUCAAGGGCAAGACAAUCGUUUUCGUUGGCGACACUGACCGCUCGUACCGUGUGAAGCUGUUCCUCGAGCAGUUUGGUAUCAAGUCUUGUGUACUGAACUCGGAGCUGCCGCUGGCGUCACGUCUACACAUCGUCGAGGAAUUCAACAAGAAUAUCUACAACAUUCUGAUUGCAUCAGACGAGACUGAGAUCUUGGGGUCAAGAAAGAAGGAUGAAGAUGCUUCGCGGCCAAAGAAGAAGUCGAAGACGGAAAAGAAGGCCGCCAACACCGACUCUGGCGUUUCCCGCGGUAUCGACUUCCUCAACGUAUCCUGCGUCCUCAAUUUCGAUUUCCCAUCGUCAUACAAGUCAUACUUCCACCGAAUCGGCCGAACAGCGCGCGCUGGCAAGUCUGGAACAGCCAUCUCCUUCAUCAUCCCCAAGGACAAGUACCGCAAGCACAAGCCGACAACAUUCGCUGCCUGUGAGAACGACGAAGAGGUUCUAGAGAAGGUGGAGAAGCACCAGAAGGAUGGCCAGAAGCUGGAGAAUUAUAACUUUGACAUGAAACGUCUUGAGCCUUUCAGGUACCGCUUCGGGGAUGCGCUGCGGUCGGUCACAAGGAUUGCUAUUCGAGAGGCACGAAUCAAGGAGAUUAGGAUGGAGCUGUCGAAGUCACAGAAGCUCUCCCGUUAUUUCGAAGAAAACCCCGAAGCGCUCGCGCAUCUCCGCCACGAUCAGACCCUUAACCAUCCUGCACGUAUACAACCACAUCUCAAGCACAUUCCAGACUAUCUACUGCCGGGCGGAAGGAAACCAGAAGACGUUGGCUUUGUUGGACUGAACAUGCCCAAGCCUGGUAGCAGAAAGUUCGUCAAGGGUAGAGGAAGGAAGGUUGUUCGUGGUAGGAAUGGCAAGGUUGAUCCUUUGAAGACAUUCAACGCGAGAGGAAAGGGCAAGAAAUAAAGAUGUCGCUUAG